CUGAUUUAUGGUCCGCGUACGGUGCGCGUCGCUGCGUACCCUACGCCGUAGGGUCUGCGUCGGUGUAACGCGGAACCAUAAAUCAGCCUGUAGCCAGACGAAGUGCAGCUAACAGCGCGACUAACCGGCAAAAAGGAGGAGGAUGUCUGUUGCAGCUCUACGUUUGAUCCCUUGUCGGAAAUUGAGCGCGGCCGGACCGCCUGGUGUGAGCAAAGUGCUCCGAUGGAAGGAUUUAAGGAAAGUCGCAAAAGUAACUGGGGCAGUGGUGUUUGGGGGCUGCCUUUUAAUUACAUAUGAGGUUGUGGCCUUGGAUAAGGCUGUAACCAUUGACACUAGUGCAAUCCUCAAGGAGAAAUAUAAGUCUUACAUCUAUCUGAAAGCAACCCCUUCUGCUGAAAAAGAAAAUCUAACUGCAGGGCUUACUCAUAAAGCACGGAGGGAGCUUCAUAAAGCAGCAAGGCGGUUUCUUGAAGCAUCUUCUAGAGUUUUACUGCAAUCACUGGAUGAGCACUUUAGCCACGUGGAUGCAGACCCACACGAGGUUGCAUUAUGGGUGCUGUUGAAAAAGACACUGUCAGCCAAUAAAGCCAUCCGACAACAGGCUGUCCAGGAGCUUGCAGAGAACCACCACUGGCAUGACUAUCAGUACCAGACAGCAGCCCAGGUAAUUGACCAGAGCACAGCAGUGGGCCUGGCGCGGACUCCUCAGGUAGACUUGCGAUUUUUCCGACAUCCACCUGCACUGCCUGACUUGGAAGAUGGUUUUUCAAUAGAAGAUGGACUACGGCAGCUAUUGGCAUCUCUGCCUCAGUCUGAGGUGGACAAAUGUGUUCAGUACUUCACUUCACUGGCACUCAGGGAAAGCACUCAGUCCAUGGCAUUACAAAGGGGUGGUCUGUGGUGUUUUGGUGGCAAUGGGCUGCCUUAUGCCCAGAGCCUCACAUCUGUUCCUUCCGAGAACGUAGAGUCCUUCUGCCUGCAGGCGCUGGUACAGCACUCAAAGGUAAAGAGCCACUGUGAUCACAUAGUUGAAAAUGGGGGUCUGCAACUCCUUCAGCGGGUUUAUCAGCUCCGAAGAGACUCGCUCAAGAUCCAGAGUAACAUCAUUCGUAUUUUAGGAAACCUGGCAUUAAACGAAAGUGUCCACCAGGCCAUAGUGCAGUCUGGUUGGCUGUAUGUCCUGGCUGAGAUGACGCAGUCUCCUCAUGUUAUGCAGGCAUCUCACGCAGCUCGAGCUCUGGCCAACCUGGACAGGGAAACUGUAAAGGAGAAAUACCAAGAUGGUGUAUAUAUCCUGCAUCCACAAACGCGUAGCGACCAGCCAAUCAAAGCAGACGUGCUGUUCAUCCAUGGGAUUCUCGGGGCAGCUUUUAAAACAUGGAGGCAGAAGGACCGCAGUACAUCAAAGGAAGAGAGGGAAUCUGAAAGCAAAGAAGACUAUACAGAAUGCUGGCCAAAGUCAUGGUUGGCAGCUGACUGUCCAAAUCUGAGAGUGCUGUCAGUGGAGUAUGACAGCCAUCUCAGUGACUGGAUGGCUAAAUGUCCUGCUGAGAAUCAAAGGAAGUCUUUGGCCUACAGAAGUCGAGAGCUGCUGAAAAAGUUAAAGCUGGCAGGAAUUGGAGAAAGACCCGUGGUCUGGGUAGCCCACAGUAUGGGAGGGCUACUUGUGAAGAAAAUGCUUCAGGAUGCAUCUCAGGAUCCAGAUAUGCAGGAAUUGUUAAAGAACACAAAGGGCGUUUUGUUCUAUAGCGUUCCUCAUCGUGGAACGUUUAUGGCAGAAUACUCAGUCAAUGUCAGAUAUCUUCUCUUUCCCUCAAUAGAAGUUAGAGAACUCUGUAAAGACUCACCAGCUCUACGCAACCUGAAUGAGAGCUUCCUCAACAUUGCCAAAGAAAAUGAAUUUAGUGUGCUGAGUUUUGCCGAGACACUGCCUACAAACAUUGGUCCCAUGCUCAAGAUACUUGUGGUACCAACACAGUCAGCAGAUCUUGGGAUUGGGGAUCUCAUUGAGGUGGACGUAGAUCAUCUAAACAUCUGCAAACCAGAGAAAAAGGAUUCAUUUCUGUACAAACGUAGCCUUCAAUUCAUCCAGGAAGCACUUCAGAGCUACAUCAGUCAAUGACUGAAACAUUUUGCACAAAAAACAGUAAUACAACUUACUGUAUACUUGAAACAUAGAGAGCACCGAUAUCCCACAACUGCCAAACCCCAAAAGCAUAAUCACUCCUAUUUGUUCCAGAGUCGAAUAAAACAAACAUUAUUAUAAGGUGUGACUGAUCGUUAUAGCAUUAACACAACUAAAACUAUUUAAUUGAUUGACAUUUGUCAAUGGUUUUCAGCUGUGAUAAUGACAUGUUUUUUCUUUUUUUCUUAGCUCAUCCGCUUGCAUUGAUUGCUCUCUUUAUUACAUUAGAUGUUUUAUAGUUUGUUAGUAUUUUUACAAAAAUAAUCACUAUGUUUACAGGUCAGCCCAUACAAUGGGGAAUUGUUUUACAUUUUAACUUUUUUCAUUUCUGUUUAGCAUCCCAACAUUGAACAUACAAUUUUUAUUUGCCUGUGUAGCUACUCAGAGAUUAAGACAUUUCAGUUAUGCUUGUAAGCACUUUGGACCAGUUAAAUGAUUUAUAGAUAUAUUAUUUUUAUUUAUGAAGAAUGAUGAAUGAUGAAUUUUACUAAGGCCACAGUUUGACAGUAAUAGUUUGUACCAAAAUGUAUUCCCUCCUAAGCCUUCCCUCAAAUGAGUCUAAAUUAAUACAUUACUUUGGAUUAUUUAUUUUUAGAAGAAUAAAUCUGUGAUUUAAUAUUGACUACCACAGCCCAACUGUUACUUGCAAUACUAAUUGCUGGCACUAAAUCAAAUAAAUGUGUGAAGU